AUGGAGAUCUAUCCCAACAAUACCACCCUCUUUGACCAAUCAUUUAUCUAUCAUCAUCAUCCUUAUUAUCCUAUUGACAUUUUGUUUGAGAAACAAUUGGAAUCUUCUUGUCUAUUCAUGGAUCCAUUCUCCACGUUGAAUCCUGAUCAUCAUCAAUAUAAUGACAACAAUGGAACUAGUAAAUCUGUUAAUAUUCCAAUCAUUAUAGCAACAGAAACAUCAACAUCAACGUCAUCAUCAUCAUCAUCUACAACAACAUAUAAUAGCAAUAUUCCAACAAGUAAACGAAGGCGAACUGACACUUUAACAUCUACUAGUAAAAGAAGACAUUCACAUCAUCAUCAUCAUCAUCAUCAACAACAACAAGAAGAAGUUUUAUUGAACUAUAACAAAAAGGAUAUUGGUCAAUUUCAAGACACAUUGGAUUAUCUACAAGAUGAAUGGGCUACCAUCGACAUUGUGUUACAAUCAUUGAAAUCAGCAUUUACGAUUCAUCCAUCAAAAAUGAGUACGGAAGAAUACUUGGACGAGGUGGAUCGCGAAUUAAGUAUUGCCUACGAUGAUUUGAUGGCUCAGGUACGCAGUUUGGAUCGAAACUUGAAGCGAUUGGAUGUCAAAAUCAAAUCUUAUACCACUUCUAGUGGACCCUUGGCAAGCCGUUAUUGA